AUGCCACCGGCCUAUUACUGUAUCUACCUGAUUGGUUGUAUCGAUUUCUUCUUUUUAAUUUAUUGGUGCAGUUCUGUGCGGGACCUGGAGUAUGCUAAGCGCUUGAAAAAGAGCUCCAUCGGAAUUGGCACACUGAAGAGCACAAAACAAGUGAUGCGUAGAAGAAACAUCACUGUUGCAAUUGCAAGCGCAUGGGCAGCUGUGGUCUUCGGAAUACUUGUUGUGGAUAUCGUUGGCGUAGUACAUCUAUUGCCCAAGAAAUCACUGACAACGCUCUGGUGCUGUUUCUACCUCUCGUCGAUGUUUUUGGUACUGUUCUGUACACCGUCGGCUAACUGUACAGCCUUCUGCUAUUUGGAAAGUGUAGCAGCAGAAUUCAAAAAUAUCAAUCGCGAUUUCAAUCAGGACAACAACAAGCACCAGCUACCAGUUGCCAGACACUAUAUUCGUGGACAUGGACAACUCCUGAAGCUUUACGAAGCGGUCAGUCGUCCAGUG